ACGACAGAGUUCAUAUUCUAUAACUGUUUUGAUUGUUUUGUGAUUUACGCCGCAUAUUUUGCGUAACGAUGCGGUGUCGACUUAACAAUUAUUAAACAUUUCUAUGAAAAAAGGUUUGAACAGGAUUAGCAGUUUUCAUUUUAAUAUUCUAAGAAUUCGGCAGUUCAAAAUGAUGGCAAGUGACGGAUUCACCAGUAAAGCUCGUAUUCGUGCCUUUAAUAUCUAUUUCAUUUCCAUUUUUGUCGGUGCAGUACUCUGCGACGACUUCAGUGAAAUGCAGACAGAACGCAAAAAUCGUCUGCUUUUACGACAUCCGCGCGCAGUAGACACUAAAACCUCGGUGCCGUAUUCUUUAGGAACCGCAGCAUCAUUAGGCACUGGCAGGGAGUACAUGAAACUUAGAUUAUUUGACGAUGCGGUUUUGCCAAGUACGGAAUUUAGCGUACAGUUGUGGAUUAAACCGGAAGGCGGGCAGUACAGAUACACUCCAAUUAUAGAUGUCUAUGACGCAUGCAGUAGCAGUCGUGUGGUCGGGUGGACAGUUGGUAUAAAACUGCCAUCUUAUUCUCGACACAACGCCAGAGUUGUCUUCUCCUUGCGUACAGAUGGCGCUGCAUCUUCUUCCAGUCUCCUUGCACACAAAGGUUACGAACCGAACAUCUGGACAAAUGUUGCUGCUACUUACGAUGGGACGACUAUGAGGCUAUACAUGAACGGCGCAGAAGUGUCGCUCAGUGUGGAACAAAGUGGCGCAGUUUUCAGAGAUUCGCCAAGAGAGUGCGUGAAUUUAUUUGUUGGAGGCCGUCUUGACGAAGAAAUAUAUUUUCGCGGGAAAAUAGACGAAUUUGGUAUAUGGAGUCGGGCUUUAAGUCAUGCUGAAAUAGUAAGAAAUAUAAACAAAAAAUCUAGUGACUUUCUUUUAACUGAUAAUGCUUUAGUGUCAGACGCCUUUGAAAAUUUUGACCAGUGGGAAAUUCUCUCAGAUGAAGAUCCAAAACUUGUGACGUCUGAUAUUGUUCUGCCUUAUCACACCGUGCGUCUUGAAGCGCCUCCUUGCGGAAGAACUGUGUGUGACGAUCCGGAAACGGUUCUGAGUUACUUAAACAAUAUAGACUUACGUAAUGAAAAGAAGAUCCGAUAUAGAGUUAUAAAUAUCCUAGAUGACACCGGAAAGAAACCACAAGUCUAUGACAAACAGAUCGUGGAGCAGCAUAGGACUCUGAAUAAAGCAUUUCAACCAUAUAAUAUCACUUUAGAUCUCCAGGUUCGUCGUGUGAGGAAUACGACAUUGUCGCAAAAAGUGUUUAUGUUCGACUGUCAUCCUUACCAAAUAGGCGAUGGACAUUGCGACCAAGAGUGUGCGCAUUCAACGACCGGAAAUGAUGGAGGAGAUUGUGAUCACGUGAAGUCCGAAUGUAGGAAGGUGUUGCUAGGAAACGGUCAAUGUAAUUCCGAAUGUAACAAAGUUUAUCAUAACUAUGACAACGGUGAUUGUUGCAAGCCAGGCGAUGAUCGGGCAUACCGGACAUGCGUAGAUCCCGGAAAACCUCAAAGGGGCUAUAUGAAUAUUGAAGAGUUAAAGAUGGAGUUACAAAUGGACAGCGAUGACGUAAUAAACGUGUACUUUAUAACGUCCAGUUGGAAUAAAGAUACAUUUCGAGGACUGGCAACAUAUCCGUGGGAGAAAAACGUUUACUCUACAAUGGGAGGAAUUGUGAUGCACGCGAAUAUUUUCGGAAAGCUCGGCAAGACAAAAGCGCUGAUACACGAAUUCGGGCACGUCUUGGGGCUGUGGCAUGUACACAGGGGAAUUUCAGAAAUGUCUUGUGAGGACCCGUGUGUCGAGACUCGUGCUUCGAUGGUUCUUGGUGACAUGUGUUCUGAUACAAACCCAACUCCCAGAAACAGUUACUGUCGAGAACCGUCACAUCAGGAUGCGCAGAAUAAAUGUGGUUUUAAAAUAUUCGAGAACACUCCAUAUAAAAAUUACAUGAGUUACGCAGAUGACACUUGCACAGACCAUUUUACUCCGCAACAAGAGGCCCGUAUGCAUUGUUAUAUUGACUUGAUCUACCAGCCCAUGAGAGAUAUGAAGCAACCAGCCCCUGUGCCAGUUACCCCAAAGGUUAUUCAGGCGGAUACUGACAGUGUUCAUCUCAAUUGGUUGCGGCCUCUAGGUCUUGAUAGAGGAUGCGAUUUAGAAAAUGCCUUACACCAGUACGCAUAUACAGCCACCGCGUCACACAGUGGUGUAAGAUGGUCACCAAGCGAGGCAACAGGUUUUCCGGAUGCUGAUCAUUGUAAACCCAGUAGGUAUGCAUGGAAACCCUAUCAUUCCAGUACACACCCAGGAUGCGACUUUGAUUCUUGCUGGAUAGAACUAUGGUUUAAACAGCCAGUCAUACCAUCAAGAGUGAGUAUUUGGGUGGUCGACAUUCGCGAAGACACCGAUAUUUACGUUGAGGUGAUAACAGUAGAAGGUGAGACUAUACCACUAGGUGAUGUUCCAGCAUACUGCGACAUGGAGACAACCGUUCUCGUCAGUACUGACAACAAACUCAUAGACAGGGUGAAAAUACACACCAUGGAUAGUUAUAUAGCGAUUGAUGCUGUGGAGGUUGUAUCACAACCAGAUUUUCCGACGUGUUCCAACAAAAAGUUUCCAAAGUACAAGAUAACAAGAGAUCCACCAUUCGACAUUCAAUACGCAAUCACCGAUGACAAUCAACUGAUCGAUACAGCUGUGAAGUAUGGGGUCACAUACAGAUAUAUGGUUCAAACAUUAUUGGAAUCAAGAGCCAGUGUAAACUCACCACAACUCGUAUACACUCAUGGCCAACCGUUCUGUGGUGAUGGUCUUAUAAAUGGAGACGAAGAAUGUGACGAUAGAAAUGCGGUGGAUGGUGAUGGUUGUUCAAUGGAUUGCACAACGGAAGAGAGCUUCCUAUGCACAGGUUCUCCUAGUUUAUGUUCUGUGUCACCGAUCGACACAUGCGAUGAUUCGAAACAAGUGUGUGGUUUAGACCCUCCUGAAGGGUUCUUUGACCAGUGGGCGAUAAAGGCCAAUGCCAACCCAGAGUACCAAGGAGCAGACUGUCCCGCCUCUACUGUCACAGGAAAACUGGAUAGAAUGCAGAAAUGUGAUUCCCGUCCAGUUGAUAAUUUCUGGCGACCUUGUGGAGAAUUUCUCGACGUGACGGGAGACUUCUGGAUCAAGGUACAGAUAUAUAAACCUGUUGUAGCAGUGGCAGUGAUAAUACAUCUUGCUUCUGAUGGGCGUUCGGUAUUCGAUCAGGAUAAAAAGUCGGUACAUGUGCAACUGAUAAACACGGAUGAUGCCAUCACUCCUUUGACCCCUACAAGUAUUCCAAUUUCCUGCGAAGAGAAUCCUCUUCUUGUACCAGUAAUUCAAGAUUUAAGCCAACCUUUCCACCUUACAAAAGGUGUUAGAAUAAGCUUCACCUAUUCGAGUAUAGGAAUGUAUGCUGUACGGAUCAGAUCCUCUCCAUAUAUAAACCCACCUGGAAUAUCGUCAUGUACAAGCACUGAACUCUACCAUCCCCAGCAUGGUGUCUGCAUUAGUGCUAAAUGCUCGAAGAAAACUUGCAACGAAUUUCCAGUCAAAUAUGGCGAGGCUGUAUGCUCCGGUCUUGAAAAUGGAGAUUCCUGUAAGAUACAAUGUGAUAAAGGGUAUUAUGUAGACGGGCAUGAGAACAGAGCUGAAUGUGUGGACGGUGUUUGGAUCACUUCUUCACCGUUGAUAUGCUCACCUGUCGAUUGUGGAAGGCCGACCAUCAAUCUUGCUACCGUCGCAUGUCCCGACGGCACCAUUUACUCUAAAAAGUGUCAUUUCAAAUGCGACAAGCCAGCCUCACUGAUUGGUGAAGACACGAGUUUCACUUGUCAGAGAAAUGGCCGUUGGUCUAAGGCAAAAGCUGCAUGUGUCGUCCAAUGUAGCGCUUUGAAUCCUGUCGCCUACGACAAAGGUAAGCUGAAGACGACCUCAUGUAUUAAAGGUCCUCAGCCUGUAGGCACACAGUGUAAAGUUCGAUGCCAGGAAGGAUACCAUGUCCAGGAUGAGCGAACAAAAAGGAGAUUCCUUCGCAUUAUAUGUGAUGAGGACGGAGAAUGGUUUGGGCCGAAAUGUAUUCCGAACACAUGUCCACCUUUGCCAAGAAUGUUCACCGGCGCUUACACAUGCACCAACGGCUUUCAGAGUGGCAGCACCUGUACGAUGAGCUGUCCAGAUGAUUUGACGGUGUUUCAGACAACGACAUGCAUGGCAAGCGGUGAAUGGAAUGGGCAAUUACAGAUAUGCCCACUAGACAAAGCUAAAAUAUGCCCUGUACCAGAUAUGAAAGUUAACAUCAGGGCAGAAUGUGAUAACAGUCAGCCUGGUGCAGAAUGUACAGUGGUGUGUCCAGACGGUCACAUGCCAGUUUUGAAAACUUUACAAUCAUCCACAAAUAGAAACAACCAUUUCGAUUUUUCAAUCAGCGACGGAUUUUGCGACGCAAGUAAUAAUCGAGACGUAUGCGAUUGGGAUGGUGGCGACUGUUGCCCAUCAACGGUACAAGGUGGUAUGGUUCUACCUAUGCCGGAGGACUGUACGGCUCAGUGCGAGUGUAGGGACCCACUGGCUAUAGAGAACAGAAGGCGUAGAAGGAGACAUAAAUAUCCGUAUUGGUUGUUAUGA